AUGCCCGUUAUUGACACUCACUUCAGAGCUCGCGUUGCUACUCGUCGCAACUGGAGAAUCCGAUACACUAACGGUUCUUCUCGUGGGCCCCACUCGCACACUAUACAUAGACGCUGCAGGAAUAUUCGUCAUCAGAGGCCUCAGAGUACCUGGAAUCACUUCUUCGAAAGCGUUCUCCCGAACCCCUCGGGAGACGACGACGACGAUUUUCCCGAUAAAUUACCGCGCGGUGAAUUCGAAUUCUUAAUAACAUCCUGUUUAGGUGGCGCGAGUUUUCUCAUAUUUAUAACCCGUUCGACCAUCUUAGUCCCGACAAGCACAGGGCUCACGUUAUCGUUCGCCUUGGCUUGCAGCCGGCUCAAGCCCGGCACGGGCAACGACCUCCCGCUGCUCCGGGAAGAGAUGGUAUUUGCCGGACGCCCCCUCGCCGGAGAGCACGACUGCCGCCUGACCCGCUCGACCGACGAGGAUCGUGGGCCCGGGCUGGGCCCGGGCCGGCCUCGGGCCGCAGAUGGGGGCCGGUCGGCUACGGAAGUUCUUAAGUUGGGCGGGGCGUCGAGCGAGAACCCGGGCAUUUCCGAGGGCUUCCAUAUUUUGGGCCGGACGGUCGGGGAUUUGGGCUGCGUUGGGCCCGGAGUACCGUUUGUGGGCCGGCGGGUUGGUGUCGAAGCCCGGGAAGUGGUUCUUGCCGGAGGAGGGGCUCUGGUGGUGGUGGUGGGGACCGUUGAUCGAGUCGGGGUCGAGGAUCUGCUGGCGGCGGCGGUGGGUCGAGACGAGGAGAUCGUGGGACGAGAGGUGGUGGGGGUUGAGGAUCGAGAGGGUUUUGAUGACGACGUGGCGGCGGGUGCUGAUCGGGAUGAUGAGGUGGCGGUGGGCUUGGAUGAGGUGGCGGUGGGCUUCUUGUUGGAUGUGGGCCGGGAGGAUGUUGAGGUCAAAGUUGGGCGGCUUGUUGGAGUCGAAGGUCUUGAGCCGGGCCCGCUGGAGGAAGACGGCCGGCGAGAUGGAUUGCUUCGGGAGGUGGACUUCAGAGCUGUAGGUCGAGCUUUUGGAGUUCCAACCUGGCUCGUAACAGUUUUGUGUUUUUCCAUCUCCAGUGAGGGAAACAGGGGAGUACCAGGAGAAUUGAGAAAAUUGUCAGGGCCAGUUUUUCGGCCAGGAGCAGAUGUAGCCGAAGGUAUAUUAAAUAUUGGAGAAGUGCCAUGUCCUGCAGGUAGAAAAAACAAAAAACAAAGAUGA